UUUGGUGGGGUCUGAACAGAUGUUGCCCUUCUCUGUGAACCUUUCUUUGAGUAACUUCCAAAAGAAUGCACCUUUUUUCCUCUUUGGGAAAAUCUGAAUUCUCUGAGGAGAAAGGAGGAAGAUGGAACAAGUUGCCAAUGUGAAGUAUCAGAAGAGCAUAGCUUGAAACUUUCUGGGACAAAGAGGACUGGUUUAUUCCCUCUCAUUCUUUGAUUUUAAGAAGUGAAGAAAGAGCCUCAAAGUAUUGUGAGUGAAGACGAGGAUUGCUCCUCUGCUCCAGGGCCUGUCAUGGAUGAAGAGACUCAGCACAGCCUUGAAUGCAUCCAGGCUAAUCAGAUUUUUCCCAGGAAGCAGCUGAUCCGAGAGGAUGAGAACCUUCAGGUCCCGUUCAUUGAACUGCACGGUGAGAGUACAGAGUAUGUAGGACGAGCAGAGGAUGCCAUCAUUGCACUUUCCAAUUACAGGCUUCACAUCAAAUUCAAGGAGUCUGUUGUGAAUGUUCCAUUGCAGCUUAUAGAAAGCGUUGAGUGCCGUGAUAUAUUUCAACUUCAUCUGACUUGCAAGGACUGCAAGGUUAUAAGGUGUCAGUUCUCUACUUUUGAGCAGUGUCAAGACUGGCUCAAGCGACUGAACAAUGCCAUCCGCCCUCCUUCCAAGAUAGAAGACCUCUUCUCCUUUGCUUACCACGCGUGGUGCAUGGAGGUGUAUGCCAGUGAGAAGGAGCAGCAUGGGGACUUGUGUCGACCAGGAGAACAUGUAACUUCAAGGUUUAAAAAUGAAGUGGAGCGGAUGGGGUUUGAUAUGAACAAUGCCUGGAGGAUUUCCAACAUCAAUGAGAAGUACAAGCUCUGUGGCAGUUACCCCCAGGAAAUCAUCGUUCCUGCAUGGAUCACAGAUAAGGAGCUAGAGAACGUGGCAAGCUUUCGGUCCUGGAAGCGUAUCCCUGCUGUUGUGUACAGGCACCAGAGCAAUGGGGCAGUUAUAUCCCGCUGUGGACAGCCUGAAGUCAGUUGGUGGGGCUGGAGGAAUGCAGAUGAUGAACACCUUGUCCAGUCUGUAGCCAAAGCCUGUGCCUCAGACUCGAGGUCCAACAGUAACAAGUUAAUGAAUGGAAAUUGUUCCAGAGAUUUCACCAAUGGAGGGGACCUCUCUGAUGUGGAAUUCGACUCCUCCAUCUCUAACGCUUCAGGAGCAGAAAGUUUGGCAAUACAGCCUCAGAAGCUUUUGAUCUUGGAUGCACGAUCUUAUGCAGCAGCUGUGGCAAACAGAGCCAAAGGUGGUGGCUGUGAGUGCCCAGUGAUAUUUCCCUAAUGUGAAGUAGUGUUCAUGGGGAUGGCAAACAUCCAUUCCAUCCGGAAGAGCUUUCAGUCGCUGCGUUUGCUCUGCACACAAAUGCCAGAUCCAGGAAAUUGGUUAUCAGCUCUGGAAAGUACCAAGUGGCUGCAGCACUUAUCUGUGCUUCUGAAGUCUGCACUGCUCGUAGUUCAUGCUGUAGACCGAGACCAGCGACCAGUCCUGGUGCACUGCUCAGAUGGCUGGGACCGAACCCCCCAGAUAGUGGCACUGGCCAAACUGCUGCUAGAUCCGUACUACAGGACCACAGAGGGUUUCCAGGUGCUAGUGGAGACGGAGUGGCUGGAUUUUGGCCACAAGUUUGCAGAUCGCUGUGGCCAUGGUGAGAACUCGGAUGACCUGAAUGAGCGCUGCCCAGUGUUUUUACAGUGGCUGGACUGCGUCCAUCAGCUCCAGAGGCAGUUCCCUUGCUCUUUCGAGUUUAACGAAGCAUUCCUUGUGAAGUUGGUGCAGCACACCUACUCUUGCCUCUUUGGUACAUUCCUGUGCAACAAUGCGAAAGAGAGAGGAGAGAAACACACUCAGGAACGGACCUGUUCUGUCUGGUCUUUGCUGCGGGCAGCAAACAAAGCCUUCAAAAACCUGCUCUACUCUUCCCAGUCAGACUCUGUGCUGUAUCCAGUGUGCCAUGUGCGGAACUUAAUGCUCUGGAGUGCUGUUUACCUGCCAUGCUCUUCCCCCUCUACACCCACUGACGACACUUGUGCCCCGUACCCUGUUCCAGGCUCUAGCCCUGAAGAUCAGCCUCUGGGCAGGUUACCAAAGACAAGAUCCUUUGACAAUCUGACCACAGCCUGUGACAGCAGUGUGCCUCCAAGCAAUCGACGCAGUAGCGACCCCAGCCUCAAUGAGAAGUGGCAGGAGCACCGCAGGUCCCUGGAGCUCAGCAGCCUCAGUAACCCUGGGGAUGACCCGUUUGAUGGGGACAGCCUCAAUAAACAGGGCAGGGCUCCAGUGGGAGCAGAGCUCUCUGUGGCAGCUGGUGUGGCAGAGGGGCAGAUGGAGAACAUUUUGCAAGAGGCCACUAAAGAUGACGUUGGUCUGGAGGAGCACUUGAGGGGGAGCCUUGAGACAGUAGGUAAAGGGGAUGAAAUUGCCCUGGAUAAGAAGAGAACUGAAAAUGUACAUGAGUAUGGCAGUGACCUCUGUGGAAAGGCCGAGAUGGAUAAAGGUCUUGUAAUGAACAAUCCAGCUCUCAAUCCACAUCCAGCUUCACAAGGUGCUUCUGAGCUUAAAGGACAACAGGAUGAGCAUCCUGAUCUCAGUAACACUAUCCAGAAGGUACCUCAGGCUAAAGGACUACAGGCUUUUGUUCCUUUGGAGGGCUUUGUAAGUAGAGACACUCAAAAGAAUAUGGAGGAAGAAGGUGUUAGCAAACUUGAAGGAGAAGCAGAGAGCCUGAACAGUGCAGCGCAGGCCAGCCUUCUGUUACCUCUCACAAUCCCACACGAGGUAAGGACAUCGAACAUUGAAAGUUCUACAGAAACCUUAACAGAGAAUGAAGCAAAGCAAGAGCUUGUUCUGAAGGGUCCUUGCCACAGACCUCCCCUGGGCAACAGCAGUGCUGAGGAACUAUCUCGAACUCUUGAAAACAGGCCAGAGGGGGAGAACACGCUAGAACUUCAGAAACUGGGAACAAAAGUACAUAGGACUUCUGGUAGCAGCAACACUCACAUCCCGAUGCCUUCCCCUUGUGCCUUGCCUUUAGCUGAACAUAAAGAUGAGAUUGUGUGUAACGGGGAGCUGGAGACUGAGAACAAGAUGGUGGAGAAGCCCAUGGGGUUUGGGAUGCCCCCAAAAUACCAUGCGACAAACGGACACUGUGUGAAUGGAGAGGACGGGCGGAUGAAAGCCUCCCUGAGCCGGCAGGUCUCCACAGCUAGCUGCAGUUCUGCACAGUUCCACUUGAGGAACCUGCACCAGAAGUGGAUGUUUAGUCACCUUGGUAAGCAGCAGGCAGCCAGCAGCCCAGACCAACCUGCCAGAAGUCACCUGGACGACGAUGGGAUGCCUGUCUACACCGACGUUAUCCAGCAGCGCCUGCGCCAGAUAGAAACUGGCCACCAGCAAGAAGUGGAGACUUUGAAGAAGCAAGUGCAAGAGUUGAAGAGCCGCUUGGAGAGCCAGUUCCUGAAUAGCUCCUUACGUCUCAAUGGUGAUUAUGGAGAUGAAGUGGUGACACGAUGGCUCCCAGACCACCUCGCUGCGCACUGCUACGGCUGUGACAGCACCUUCUGGCUUGCCAGCAGGAAGCACCACUGCAGGGACAUUGAAGGUGUUGAUCAGAUCUGGAAUUGUGGAAACGUGUUCUGCUCCAGCUGCUGUAACCAGAAGGUGCCCGUUCCCAGUCAGCAGCUCUUCGAACCCAGCAGAGUCUGCAAAUCCUGCUACAGCAGCUUGCCCCCCAGCAGCUCCAGCCUUGACCUUGAACUGGAUAAACCCAUCACUGCCACCUCAAACUAA